AAUAAAGUUGAGCAAGGCAGUUUGGCGCAAAUCUGCAUGGGGUGAUAAAUAUGCAUUUUAAUGAUUAAACUAUAAAGUUUUUGACACGUUUUCACCACACCGCGUAUAAGGAGACAGUACCGUUUUAAUGUUGUGCGAAUUUGCAUAUUUGUCCGAACGUGAACGGCAUAACUGGGUUGCGUCAAUGCACGGCUCUGGCUGCUCCGUGAAGUUGGUAAAUAAGGCUUGACCUCGUGGUGGUGAGAGAGACAAACGGGAUUAAACGCUGCCAGCAGCAGCAGCAGCAGCAGGAGGAGAGCGACCAACAAACAACGUGCAGCUCCUGCUGCAACCACACUCUGUCCAGUGAUUUAAAAAAGCCCGUGAACGUGCUGUUUUAUGCAUUUAUAGUGAAUAAACAACAGCCUGUGUGACUCGAGCUCACCACUGACCUCGUCUGUGUAGGAGAAAUAAGCGAAGACGACAGUUACUGUUCGUCAUGGCGGGUGAUAUGAUGUUACUGAUGCGAGGCUUGGCUAAACUGAGCCAGGCUGUUGUAGAGACCCAGAGCAGCACCCUGCGGACUGGAACAGGGAUCCCAGGAGUUGGUGCUGCUGUCCAAAGUGUCCAAUCGGUUGCUGAGCAAGGCCUCUCCGCCGCUAUGAUGACAGUGCAGGAGCUGACUGGCCAGCAGAAGACCUCUUCAUCGGAGUCAGACUUUGACUUUCCUCAGGAUGACAUGGCAUUCGCUGCUUCAGAGUUCAGGGAGGAAGGUGUGGACUUCACAGCGGAUCACACAGGAAGUAGUGAUGAUGCCGCAGCCCAUCAGAGCGCAGCAGCAGGAGCGAGCCAUGUCAGUGGCAAACAGUCGUUGUUUGAUGGAUACAAAGAUCCCAGCAAACAGUUUAGCGGACACACCAGAUCUUACCACCAUGACGCCAGACAUUUCUACAACCACAGCCUGAACAGGCAUUUGUGGGGACAGCUUUACUGUCAGCAUCAGGUCAGUCUGCUCAGGAGCUACCAUCAGGACCCAACUACGGUCGGAGGGCUGACGGCUGAAGACAUUGAGAAAGCAAGGCAGGGCAAGAAGGCUGAGAGCAAGUCACACAAACAGAUGUUGAGUGAGCGAGCCAGAGAGAGGAAAGUGCCAGUGACUCGGCUCAGCAGACUGGCCAGCUUUGGAGGUCUAGCUGUAGGUUUGGGCUUCGGUGCACUGGCAGAAGUUGCCAAGAAGACCAUCAGACACAAUGGUGCGGCAGCUGACAGUAAGAAAGGCGUUCUGGACUCCAGCCCCUUCCUGUCCGAGGCCAACGCUGAACGCAUCGUCAGAACCCUGUGUAAAGUCAGAGGAGCUGCUUUAAAACUGGGGCAGAUGCUGAGCAUUCAAGAUGAUGCAUUCAUUAACCCCCAACUCGCCAAGAUCUUUGAUCGAGUAAGACAGAGUGCUGACUUCAUGCCAAUCAAGCAAAUGACAAAAGCAUUGAACAAUGACUUGGGUCCUAACUGGAGAGACAAGCUGGAAUCGUUUGAGGACCGUCCGUUUGCAGCGGCGUCCAUCGGCCAAGUUCACCUAGCGAGGAUGAAGGAUGGCAGGGAGGUGGCCAUGAAAAUACAGUACCCUGGUGUUGCUCAGAGUAUCGACAGUGACGUGAACAACUUGAUGGUGGUGCUGAAUAUGAGUAACGCCCUGCCUGAUGGUCUGUUUCCAGAGCAUCUGAUAGACGUAAUGAGAAGAGAGCUAGCACUAGAAUGUGAUUAUAUUAGAGAAGCCCAGUGUGCAAAGAAAUUCAGGGAGCUAUUGAAGGACCAUCCGUUUUUCUACGUACCUGAAGUGAUAGAGGAGCUGUGCAGUAACCGCAUCCUGACCACAGAGCUGGUCCCCGGAUUCCCCCUGGACCAGGCAGAGAGCCUCACACAGGAGCUGAAGAACGAGAUCUGUCAGAACAUCUUGAUGUUGUGCCUCAGAGAGCUGUUUGAGUUCAGAUACAUGCAGACUGACCCAAACUGGUCCAACUUCUUCUAUGAUCCACAGACACACAGGGUGGCACUGUUGGACUUCGGAGCAACGAGAGGAUUUGAUCAGAGUUUCACAGAUGUUUACAUUGAGGUAAUCCGUUCAGCUGCUGAGGGCGACAGAGAGGGAGUUUUGAAGAAAUCUAUCGAGAUGAAGUUCCUGACUGGGUAUGAGUCCAAGCCAAUGAUAAAUGCCCAUGUGGACGCAGUGAUGAUCCUCGGUGAGGCCUUCGCCUCCACAGAAGAAUUUGAAUUUGGCGCCCAGUCCACCACUGAGAGAAUCCACAACCUCAUCCCUGUGAUGCUCAGACACCGGCUCACCCCGCCUCCCGAGGAGACGUACUCACUCCACCGCAAGAUGGGCGGCUCGUUUCUUAUCUGCUCCCGGCUGGAUGCAAAGCUGCGAUGCAAGGACAUGUUCCAAACAGCAUAUGAUAAGUACUGGGAAGGCCGCACACCACCGUCAGCUUAGACCCGUGUCAAGCGUCAGGUGAUUUGAUGGACAGAUCCUGGGGCCAACGGCAAAGUGCAAGUCAUUGAUGAGUGGUGAGAAGAGGCGCAGCUGCAGAGCAGAGGCCAUGUUACCUGCCCUUAACUGGUCAACGAGCACCAGCUUAUCUUUCACAUUCUCUUUCACUAAAAUGAGUUUUGAAAGGCACUGGUACGUACAGCCAUCAUUUUCUUUGAGAGGGAGCAGCAACAUGGCAUCUGGAGUGCUUUAAGACCAAACUCUAUAUAUGGCCCUGAGAGGACAGACUGAAAAGACUGAGGUGGAUUGGGAGGAGAGAGACGAACAGCCUUGCAUAUGUAAUAGUUGAGGUGUAAAAUGAAUGUAAAAAGGUCGGAAUUUUAGCUCUUUCAAGACGAUCGUUGCAUUUUCAUGUGUUUUGCAUUGCUGUGUUUUGUUUAAUUUUUUGGGGGAAAAUCACACAAACUGUCCAGUCUGCCAGAAAUGUCACAAAUGGGGAAAAAAACAUGAAAUGAUUGAAAAAGAGGAUUGAAUUCUGAAUGUAAAACCACAGUUGCAUAAUAACAGGGUUGAUACAGUAUAUGGGGCAGUAUGAGUCACAGUAUUGGCCAGGACCAACAUGUCUGGGAAGUUUGAUUAGAUUGUCUGGGUAUGAAUAAUAAGGCUUGGGCUAAAUGUAGACAGCAAAAUAAAUGUAGCAGUUAGAUAAGAGCAAAACUGUUUGCCAAGAUGUUGCCAAGUGAUUACAUUCAGGUUGAUAAAGGCAUUUGUAGAAAAUGUGACAAACUGGAAUUUGUCAGCAUUUACACAAAAAAAGACUUUUAACUUGCGUAUCUAAUGUGUCAGUGUAGCCGUCCAGAUUUCUGUUGCUGUUCAUAGCUUUUAGAUUUUAGGGAGACAGUCUAUUGAUUCAAAUUAGUCUGUUGCAAGUGACCAUUAACAUGACAUUCAGGAUCUAUGUGUUUGGGUUGAAGCAUGUUUUUACUCAGUUUGUAUCUGGGGAUCUGUAUACAGAGCUUCUACUGUUUAUCCUUUGUGUUCCAUCUGAUGAUUUUUCUUCAGCGUCCAUAUGGGGCAGAUUGAGCUCAUGUUUUCCAUUUGAUUACCAGCAUGUUAGCAUUAUGGCUCAGAAUUUUAAUUCUGUCAAACAUAAUUCAGAUUCAGUUGUUUUUCUAGUACCAAAGCAUGAUUUAUCUCUUCAACUGUUUGUGGAAUUAUAUAGAUAUGUAACCCUAUGGAUCAGUCACUGUAAGAAGUCUGACAGUAAGACUGAGCACAGCCCACAUCAACCUGUUUAGUCAUGAAUGUUAAUGAACUACUGGGGUGGAAGAAGCUCAUCCUGAUAUCGCACAAGCUCAACUCGUGGGCUCACCUGGCUUCCACUAGUCGGUUAUCUCUCCACGCCUUCACGGGUGUGAAAUCCUCCGUCACCUGGCUGGUGUGCGACUGUGAAACUUCUCUGCUGUGUGAAUACAGUUAUAAAGGACUCUGGGUGUGAAGCUGAAAAAAAUGAAAAAUAAAUAAAUACAAGGUGCCUGUAGUUUCCAGCAGAAGGCUUUUAGCUUAAAAUCUCAACUUUAUAUUUCAUAUCAUGACUCGGUGAAAAGAUGGUUUAAAUUUUCUAAUCAAACUGAAAGUUGUGACAAAGAUAUUGUAUGAACAGAGUAAAUGUUUGAUCUAUACUUGU